UAUGUUAUGAUUAUGACAAUUAUCACAUAGUUACGACAUUAUUUUCGACACGACGCAACAAAGAUAAAUAAAAAAACGUGUACAAAAUCCCAGUGUAGUGUAGUAAGUUUGAUGCCGCUAUUCGGCAGCAAGUUCUCUGGGCGCGGGGCGCCGGCGCGGCGGCGGGCGGCGGGCGUGGUGGCGCGCGAGCUGGGCGCCGCCGCCGCCGCCGCCGCCCUCGCGCUCGACCCGCCGCCGCUCACGCUCGCGCUGGGAGACGCCACCUACAGCUUCCAGCACGGACAGUGGACUCCAGCGUCGGGGCGCGCGGGCGCGGCGGCGCGCGAGGCGGCGCGGCUGCGGGCGGCGCUGGCGGCUCGCGACGACGAGGUCAACCUGCUGCGGCUCAAGGUGGAGAUCCUGCUCGACAUGCUGAGCGACGCCGGCGCCGCGCCGUGACGCCCGUGACCCGCCCGGGGCUGAGCGACGCCGGCGCGCAGUGACCGCCCGGGGCUGAGCGACGCCGGCGCGCAGUGACCCGCGGGCAGCGACCUCAUUAUAAGAACAACAAUAGUCUAAAACGUCGCGUUUGUUUUAAGCUGCGUACAGACCGGGCCAACGAACGCCAACGGUUAUCCCAACGAUGGAUAUUUAUCAUACAUAAUACGGGGCAGAUUGCAGCAACGAAGGUCAACGAAACCCGUUCGUUGGGCCGGUCUGUACGCAGCUUUAUAGAUUGCGGUGCCAUUAGGAUGCGUUCCCAGUACACAAGUAAUGUUCACGCAAUACUGGGCGCGUAUGUGAGCACAAAACUAGCACUCUGCCUACUGGAGACGCAGCCUUAGAUUCUUGUGACCUACAAAUUAGGAACUGACUAAGGGUGAGGCCACACGAGCAUAAUUUUGUGAGUUGUGCGCGGCAGAAAAGUAUGCGCGGGGACGAGGGGGGUGGGGAAGUCACUCGCUCUCAUAAACUACGCUCGUGUGGCCUCACCCUAAAGCAACUGAAAAAAACAAUUAAUUAUUGAACAUUAUACAUAUUAGAUAUACUUAAAAUUAAAACUAAGGACACUGUAUUAUUCUAUACGAAGAGCAUAUUAUACAUGACUAUAUGGAACUCUUUAGUCGUACGACAAUGCGCCUAUCAUUCUGCCUUCCAACAUUCUGUCGUGGUAUCAUGUAGUGAAUAAAAAAUAUUUUAACUUGUAA